AUGGCCGUAGGCGGUCAGAAGAAGGAUCCUCGAGAUUGGAAGGACAAGGGAUUCGUCGUGACGUGCCAGAAGCGCCUGAUGAAGUUCUUCUCCGAGUCGGGCUUCCCAUAUGCGUUGGGUCCCAAGACGCUCACCUCGCCAUCGAACAAGGAAUUCUUCCAGAUGUUCCAAUUCCUCUACCAGCGCUUCGACCCCUCCUACAAAUUCGGAGCCAAGCCCGAGGAUGAGAUCCUCCCGCUUCUCACCGGCCUCAACUACCCCUUCAAGAUCACAAAGACGCCUCUAUGGCUCGAACAGAACUCGCUUAUCACUCCAGGAGCGCCUCACGUGUGGCCUUCGCUCAUGGGCGCACUGUUGUGGAUGACCGAGUUGCUGGAAUACAGCGAUGUUGUGGGCCGACACCAAGACGAUGACUUCGGCAACGACGAAGAAGACAAAGACAAAUGGACAUGCACCUUCAUCACCCAAGUCUACGGCGCCUGGCUGAAUGGUGAUGAUGAAGAGUUCGACCGCCUCAACGGGGACCUGAUCAACUUCUACGAGUCGAGAAGACAGAUGGAGAUCUCGAAUGUUGAAAACCUGAGCAACUCGAUCGAGGCUCUCUCCAAGGAAAUCGAGCAGAUCGAGAACGCUCCUUCCCGCAUCGACGCUCUGAAUCGCAAGAAGGAGGAUUUUCUGAGCGACAUCAGCAAGUUCAAGAAGUUUGCUGCCACCAUGCAAGACCAGAAGGACGCCGUCGUGGCCGCCAUCGCGGAGAUGAACGGCACCAUCGAAGCCGAACAGCGCGAGCUGGAGCAGCGCCUGAAGGAGAACCAGGAGCUGCAGACCAUCAUCGACGCACAGGACAUCACGCCCGCCGAUGUCGAGAGAAUGAUGUCUGCCAAGCAUUCGCUCGAGCAGUCCUUGCAGCUUCUCUGCGAGCAGCGUGACAGCAUCCAGAAAGAUGUGUGGACACGGGAAGUGGAGGUGCAGAAGGCCUCGGAUAGCUUGGACCGAGCGAUCAGCAUGUUCAACGCGACGGCAACGAACCUCCGCCUGGUGGGCGCGUCGGCCAAGUAUCCCAAGGACAUCAUCAGCGACAGCUUCAAGCUCAUCACGUUCGCCCCGCACGCGCCCACCGCCGACCGAAUGCUCAACUGCUCGAUCAAGCAGGACAUCAAGCCCUGCCUGUUCAAGCUCAAGGACCAUCUGCUCGAGAAGGCCAAGUCGCUCCACGACAGAUACAUGGACACGCACAUGGAAUUGGAAGCCAUCUGCGAGACCGUGGACGAGCAGCGCGAGAGCGCGAACGCCAUCGAGGCCAAGCUACAGCACUCGAUCCAGUCCUAUCGCACCAACAAGCACUCCAUCGCCGAAGCCGCCAAGCGAAGUCAGGCCGAGGUGGAGAACAUUCGACAGGAGGCCAAGAAGAUGCGUGCCGAUGUGGCGAUGAUGUGGGCGCAGAGCGAGCGGGCCGUGGCGGGAGCGGGCGAGACGGUCGAGGAGCACGAGAAGAACUGCGCGCGCGAGAGGGAGGCCAUGGUACAGUUCAUCACCGAGACGCUCGGCGCGCUGAUGGAGCACAAGGACAACAUCAGCGACACGUUGGCCGCCCUCAACCAGAGACUCGACGACGAGUUGGCUGCCUGCGAGAGUCUUUGA